GACAAAUCAGUUACAAAUAUUUUCUUGGCACUUACUUCUCUUUAUUUUCUCUCUCCUACAUAUUUUCAAAAAAACCCCAUUAACAUUUAAAACCUUAGUUUCUCUCUUCCAGCAAGUAAUACCUCCCCCCUCCUUCAGCACUAAUUCUGGAAUAUUCGUCUCAAUCUAUUUUCGUUUUCCUUUUAAAUUUUUCGUCAUUCAAGAAAAUAAUAAUAGUAAAAAAAAAAAAAAAAAUGAAGCGCCAUUGAAUUCAGUUGGGGGGGUUUGAGUUAGAAACAGAACUUUUCGAACACCUGUAAGCUUCUCCCUCGUUUCACCAUUCGUCUCUUUUCCACCGCCCCUUUAACUCAGAUCAUUUUCUCUUUCCUCUAUAUUAUUUAUGAUUUUAACCAUGGUUAAAUUCCCCAACUCACUCACCAUUAGAGUAAACUAAAACAAAAGUAGUAAGUUUUUCUACUUGGAAAUAUCACACCCUGUUACGAUCAACGGUCUUUUAACAAAUGUCACACCAAACCUACACUCGGAAUCGUGAUUUAUUAUCGAUGGUUUAUGAAUUAAUAAUGUCAAUUUAUAAAUAUAUUUGGAUUUUUGUACAUUGCUAUUUAUAGCAGUAAAUCAUAUAUGUGAAAAUUGAAAAAAAAAAAAAAAGGGAAAUAAAAAGAGCUCCACAUUUUUCAGUGGAGUCAGUCAGAUAGGAGUGCAGCCUCUUUCUAUGUCUCUCUAAAACUUUCUCUCUCUUACUCUCUCUAGAAUCUAGUGACAAAUAAACCCUAAGUGAGAGAGCGAGUGUGUGAAAGGCUCUGCUGCUAUGAUGAUGACGAUGAUGAUGGAGGAGAGAGAAAAUAGUGGUUUAAAAAACGAGGUGCUUGGGUUUGGUCCAAAUGUUGGGGUUGGUGUUGGUGGUGGUGGUGGUUUGUUUAACUCGACGACACCGAUGGGCGGGAAAGGAACAACGAUUCCCAAUAACGACAACGACAACCCGAACCGGACGAGGCAGAUGGCGGGUUUAGGUGGUUACUUUGGGGAGCAUAAAAUUCAAAGGAAGAAAAGGAUGGCUAGGCAAAGAAGAUCCUCCGUUACUCUCUUGCCUUUUGCAUCUUCUGCUUCUUCUGCUGCUGCCACACCCUCUCACGUGCCGCUUCCUGCACGUGUUGUUGAUCCAAGGAGAUUGAGGUUUUUAUUCCAAAAGCAGCUUCAGAACAGUGAUGUAAGCUCUUUGAGGAGGAUGGUGUUACCAAAGAAAGCUGCCGAGUCACACCUCCCACAUCUAGAAACUAAAGAGGGAAUUUAUUUCAGCAUGGAUGAUAUGGAUGGGCUUCAUGUGUGGAACUUCAAAUACAGGUUUUGGCCUAAUAACAACAGUCGGAUGUAUGUCCUAGAAAACACUGGGGACUUUGUGACUGCACAUCGCCUGCAGGUUGGGGACUUCAUCAUGGUCUAUCAAGACAUUAUAGACCUUACCUAUGUGAUUCAGGCCAAGAAGACAUCACAGAAAGAGAUAUAUGACGAGUAUACAACAAAUACUGUAACCGAUUACUUCCAGGUGCAUAAUUUCGAGAUAAACCGGUACAAUCAACUGAGCUGGAAUGACCCAGGAAACAUGGAGGAUAAUAACAAUAACAGUGCCUGCAUGUCAUUUGUUUACGAAACAACCAGCUUCUUAAACGACUCCCCUUUCGAUUUUCUUGGUGGGUCAGUGACUAACUACAACUCAAGGAUGGGUGGCCAUAGCUUCGACAACUUUGGAUCUGUUGACAAUUUGUCACUCGAGGACUUCUAUUAAAGUUUAACAUCAAUUUCUGAAAAUUUUACUCCUUAAAUUGCCCUGAAACAUAAGACGAUGUUCCGUCUUUUAUAUGUUAUAGCAGGGUAAAAUAGUGUAGUUGUUUUUCCCUUCUUUGCUGGGUAAGCUCACUCCAUGCUGUUUAAUUUUUUUUGGGAAAAAAAAUGUAGCUAUAAAUAACGGGGUUUGAUAAGGGUGAAAAAAAGAGGGAGGGAAAUAGUUGCCUAAGCUCAAGUAAUGUUGUAUGUGUCAUGGUCUCAUGGAUCAACAUUUUGGUAUAUUUUGUUGUAAGCUUCAUUUAACAUUUUGGUAUA